AUGUUGAUCAGACUGCCAUAUUGUCCCGCAGUCCCCCCUUAUGUCUUAUCAGAGUCUCCCUCUUGCUCCGUAAAAUCCGUCUGCUAUCUGCCUGGUCCAAAUAUUUCACUCGACCCUAGCCACCCUAUCUGUGCUACUCAAGGCAUUAUUUGCCCCACUCCGCCUCAGGGAGAAGAUUUUGAGGCUAAAGACCCCGAGGAAUUUACCUGGUCAAGCCUUUGCUUCAUGGACCAUGUCUAUGAUCAAACACGUCUACUGUUAGCCAACUUACUGUAA